CAUUGCAAAGGUGGGGGGGGGGUGAGGGGGAGAGAGAGAGAGAGAGAGCAAAGCUAUUCCCUGCAGCAGCAGCUGACUGGAACUGGAUAUAUGUAAAUACAUAUACAUACACACAUAUAAAUAUAUGUAGGGAGAGUUCGAGCUGAAGCUGAUGGCAGGGAGGAAAGGUUUCUGCGGUGCAAAGGGCUGUGCAUUUCUGGGAUAAGGAAUGAAAGAAGCGGCUGCGCUCCUGGGAAUGUGUCAUCUUGGAGAGGAGGGAGGAAGGGAGAAGGUAACUGGAAUGUGGAAGAAGAUGGGAGCCUAAGCCACUGCUGUGCAGAAGGGGAUACCAACUUGUAGAUCUGAAAUAUACCAGCCUGAUCUUGGCAAUGAGAUCAGAGCUGCAAUUGCAAUAGAUAGGGGGAGGAAAAGGGAGGCAGAGAUUGGAGGGCUCUCUCUGUGUGUGUUUCUCUCUCUCUCCCAAGAAGAAAUAGAAGAAGUUUAUCCGUCUCGAUACUGCUGGAUCUUUAUUCCUGCUGGACAAAAGAUGGAGAGGAAGCAGAAAUGAAGAGGAAGGGGAGCCCCGUGCUUGUGAGAUUCAGAGUUAGGAGGACAAAUCACGCCUCCCCAGGGAGCUUUUGUGCCCCAUCGGAGGAGUUUUAACGUCAGGAAGAUUUUGAGAAGUGGGGGCAAAGAGAAGAGGGAGAGUCAAAAAUACCCACCCCACGUGUGUAAAAAAAAAUAAACAAGGGAUGGAUUUAUUAUUGACAGCUGGUGGGAACCUUGAAUUUUCCUCCACUCUCCCCCACCCCAUUUCCAUUUAAUGUGAGAUGAUGAAAAUGCAGAGGAGUUGGAGGGAAGGCAAAAGGAGAUAACGUGGAGUUUGAAGAGAGGAGAAUGGUGAUGAUGCUGUGAAUAGCUGGCUUCUUUCUGAAAUCAAAAAUCCAAUUGCGCACUGGGUUGUGAUUGGAAAUCUAAUCAGAUCUUUGGAGAGGGGGGAGAGAGAGACCAAAAGUUUAUUGUUUUAACAUUCUAAAUGUAAGAGGAGACUCUGGUGAAGGUGUGCGUGGAGGAAAAUAGGGAAAACAGAAGAAUGGGAACCCCCUAUCUAACGUGGAAACACAUGUAUUGGAUAAUUGAUAGUGCAGCAAAGAAGGGGGGAGAAGAAAAUUGCCUGGAAAGACCUGGAUCUUAACAGUCACAACAAAAAAUGCAUUAAAAGCAAACGGCCUUACUUCAGAUAGAGGGUUGUUUAAAAUAAAGAAACCCCUCUCUACCCUCCAAAGGAAGAAGAAAAAAAAAAGUUGGCAAUGGAGAACAGAGGAGCCAGAAAGGCAAAAACCCUCAAAGAAAGGAAACUAGGAAAAGGAUCCACAAUGGAAUGAAAAGUUUCAGAAAGGAGAAGGACCAUUCUUGCUCUGAGGGAUUUUUUAAAUGUUUAGUUUUUUAAAAAAACCUCCCCCAAGAAGACAGGAAUUUAAUGAUACAGGUACGACCAUUUUAAGCAGAAAAGUUAAGAGCGACGGGAAAAAAAAGCCGGGGGGAGUGGAAAAGAAGAAGAAUCUGGUGAGGGAGAAAAAAACAGCAGGUUGGGCUGGAUUGGAGCCUGUGUGGCCUGAAAUUGAUCGAAAAUUGAAGUUGGAUAUUUUAUUUUUAAUUUAAUUCCUUAUUUUUAAUUUUCGCUUCGCUGCUGCAAUGAAAUAGUUUGCCACCUCCUGCCUUUUUUCCCCUUCCCCCCCUUAAACACUCGGAUUUCCAUCUGGAUAGUCUUCUGUGCAAUCUGAAAUACAUGUGAAUCUCAUGAAGGGGAAAGCCACUGGCUUGACAGCCUUGGAGACGAGAGUCCUCUAUAUGCUCACUACAAAGUCCUGGAGAGAGUACUCUGGGGGUCUCAGACAGACGAACAUGCACUCACGAACCCCACACAGAACAAGAUGAGUUGUUCCUUCAACACCUGUCUGUAAUACGUGGAAAGAAAAAGUGUUUUGAUCUGGAGAAAUUCAGUUUGGGAGACGUAUGCUAGUGGUCUCAUGCAGCCAGCAUUAAAACAGUAGAGUUCCUAUUUUAUUUAAGACAAUUCAAACUCCAGAAGGACCAACACCAAAUAAAUUAUGAAUGUUGAACAAGAUGACCUUACAUCCACAGCAGAUAAUGAUAGGUCCUAGGUUUAACAGGGCCCUAUUUGACCCCCUGCUUGUGGUGCUACUGGCUCUUCAACUUCUUGUGGUGGCUGGUCUAGUCAGGGCUCAAACUUGCCCUUCUGUCUGCUCCUGCAGCAACCAGUUCAGCAAAGUGAUCUGUGUGCGGAAGAAUCUGAGAGAAGUCCCAGACGGCAUCUCCACCAACACACGGUUAUUGAAUCUCCAUGAGAACCAGAUCCAAAUAAUUAAGGUGAAUAGUUUCAAACAUUUGAGACACCUGGAAAUCUUGCAGCUGAGUAGGAAUCACAUUAGAACCAUUGAAAUAGGGGCCUUCAAUGGUCUGGCCAAUCUCAACACUCUGGAACUUUUUGACAAUCGUCUUACCACCAUCCCUAAUGGGGCUUUUGUAUACCUGUCAAAACUGAAGGAGCUUUGGUUGAGAAACAACCCUAUUGAGAGCAUCCCUUCUUAUGCUUUUAACAGAAUCCCUUCCCUACGUAGGCUGGAUUUGGGGGAACUAAAAAGGCUUUCAUACAUCUCAGAAGGUGCUUUUGAAGGUCUUUCCAAUUUGAGGUAUUUGAACCUUGCUAUGUGCAACCUUCGAGAGAUCCCUAACCUCACACCACUCGUAAAACUGGAUGAGUUAGAUCUUUCUGGGAACCAUCUGACAGCCAUCAGGCCGGGGUCCUUUCAAGGGUUAAUGCAUCUUCAAAAAUUGUGGAUGAUACAGUCCCAGAUUCAAGUGAUUGAAAGGAAUGCCUUCGAUAACCUUCAGUCACUGGUGGAAAUCAACCUGGCGCACAACAACCUAACACUACUGCCUCAUGAUCUCUUCACACCACUCCACCUAGAAAGGAUCCACCUGCACCACAAUCCUUGGAACUGCAACUGUGACAUUCUUUGGCUCAGCUGGUGGAUUAAGGACAAAGCACCCUCCAACACUGCAUGCUGUGCUCGCUGCAACACACCUCCCAAUUUGAAAGGAAGGUACAUCGGUGAGCUGGACCUGAAUUAUUUCACGUGUUAUGCUCCGGUGAUAGUGGAGCCACCAGCAGACCUCAACGUCACAGAAGGCAUGGCUGCAGAACUGAAAUGCCGAGCAUCGACCUCCCUGACCUCUGUAUCUUGGAUUACUCCAAAUGGAUCGGUUAUGACGCAUGGGGCAUACAGAGUUCGGAUUGCUGUGCUCAGUGAUGGCACAUUAAAUUUUACAAAGGUGACCGUGCAAGACACGGGCUUGUAUACCUGCAUGGUGAGUAACUCUAUUGGGAAUACCACAGCUUCUGCCACACUGAACGUGACUGCACUGGACAAUGGUUACACAUACUUUUCAACUGUUACCGUAGAGACUAUGGAACCUUCUCAGGAUGAGGCCCGGACCACAGAGCAGAUUGGGCCCACGCCAGUUAUUGACUGGGAGACCACCAAUGUGACAACUUCUCUUACUCCACAGAGCACAAGGUCAACAGAAAAAACAUUUACCAUCCCAGUCACAGAUGCAAGCAAUGGGAUCCCAGGAAUAGACGAGGUUAUGAAGACUACCAAAAUCAUAAUUGGUUGUUUUGUGGCUAUCACUCUCAUGGCCGCUGUGAUGCUGGUAAUUUUCUACAAAAUGAGGAAACAGCAUCACCGACAGAACCACCAUGCUCCAACACGGACUGUAGAGAUCAUUAACGUGGAUGAUGAACUUACUGGUGAUACACCCAUAGAGAGUCACUUGUCCAUGCCGGCCAUAGAGCAUGAGCACCUAAAUCAUUAUAACUCUUAUAAGUCUCCUUUCAACCACACAACAACAGUUAACACAAUAAAUUCAAUACACAGUUCAGUGCAUGAACCGUUAUUGAUCCGAAUGAACUCAAAAGACAAUGUACAAGAGACUCAGAUCUAAAAUAUUUACAAAAUUGGGGGGAGGGGAAAUACAAAAAGGACGGUUUAUAAAACAAAUGACACAAAUGACUGGGCUAAAUCUACUGUUUCAAAAAAAAGUGUCUUUACAAAAAAAAAGAAAUUUAUUUAUUAAAAAUUCUAUUGUGAUCUAAAGCAGACAAAAUUAUGUGUAUUCCUCAAAACCUCUUUUUGCUGCACUUAUUUACCCCACUUCCUCCUUUCUCCCUCCCCUACCUGCCCCAACCCCAUUUGCCAUAUUUUUCAUAGGAGAUCUUGAUUCCCUAAAAGAACUGGUCUAGGAAAUUUUGUAAGAAUUCUGUCAUACUUUGGGAAUUUUUAUGGUGAACUCUAGUGGUGAGAUUCAGUCGAUUUUGUCUCUUUUUUCUGUUUUAUUUUUUCUUUUCUCAUACCCUUCUUGAAACGGUUCUACAGGGAAUGGAGCAUUAGCAGUAGAUUUGUAAGUGAGAACCAAGGAACAAGCAACAACAACAACAAAAAAGCAAAGCCUUUUUUAAAAUUUUUCAUGUAAUGACCUGUUCUGUAUUUACCAAGAGGACCAUUCUGUGGAAGAAGAAACAAAAAUCUAAGAAAAUAAUUUACUUGUGAACAUCUACAAAACCCAUGAUCUUUUAAACAAUUCUAGAACCAGAAUUUGUAGUUCAAACACUAAAAUAAGAUUAUAAAUAAAAUAUUGUUGGUUUUUUUCUGUA